AUGUAUUCGUCCGACUCGAGUGAGUGUGUGAGAACUACGAUCUCCGCUCUUGUUUGCGAAGUUUUCUGAGGUGUGCGACAACUGACAUCGACGCCGGCGAUGACGCUGCUUCGACGCGGCCGUGAUCUCCGUUCCUCAGUUUUGCGCGAACAGGACGAGCUCAUGUUUGACCUCUUGUCGAAGCAUCGUCGCCUCCGAUUGUUCGAACAAGCAGUGAGAAGGGAACCACUGCUCGAGAAUCUAUCUCCGGGUCUCGUCACGCACUGGUUCGAGUCGCGCACGCUCGGUGAACCGUCGUCAUCGGCUUCGACAUCUUCCUCGUCCGGCGGUUCGUCCCCGUCGGAAAAUGCAGACACGAGCUCGCAGUGGCAGCAAGCUCACCACAACAGUCAGCAACACCUUGGAUCAAACUUGAGGUACCCUCAUCAUUCUCUACCUACGACCACGGUUCACUAUGACAGCGGAGUGCCUGUCCCCUGGGACCGUUACUCCCCCGCCUCCGCUCCUUCCGGACUGGAUCAGCAUCGACAACCGGUGCAGACGAAGCAGCCUUCCCACGUGAUGGACACGCCCGUCGCACUCAAGAUUAGCACGGACGAGAUGGCGAUCGCGCAACGCGUGAACUGGCUUCUCCAGCUGCAGCAGCAAGACCAAGCGCUCAACGCUGUGGCGAAUCGUCAGCGUGAGCAACUCGAGAUGAGGAGGAGAUUCGAACUGGACCAGACCCGAGUCCUCGAGCAGGAUUUUCUUAGCCGUGAGUACGAUCUCGAACGAGGAAGAAUUUCUUCCGUGUAGCACCGGUAAUGAAGCUGAAGUCUCCUGUGCUUCUGCACACCUCGUUGACCAGAUGGUUUGAACCUUCGAGUGCAUCGUGUAAGGAUCCGCGAGUGGCUCCGCUUGAAUCAACCCCAGUGUGGCGAACCUUUAGAAGUCAAGCUGGUCCCGACGGCGGGUGGUACGAUUAUCACCACCACGGUCUACAACAAUGUGGGUGAAUUCAACUUGUAUGCCAGAGAAAUUCAUCGGACUUAAUCCACCCUGUUCUGCAUCGCCAACAGGAUCGCUAUGCCAUGCAUCUGCCUCUCCGCUCGCUCGUCGCUCUCUCUCUCGGCUCGGAUUCGAUCACCCUGCAAACCUGCGAGCGACCUUCUUUCUACGUCACUCGUCGCGCGACGGGACAGUCCCAGACCAGUGCCGAUUUCACAACCGAGCGAAGUGCGAGCAUCGAGUCGCAGCACGUCUUUGGGGUGGUGCCUUCCGAGCUCAUCGUCGUGCGUGCACAGCUUGAGCAACUCGCCUGCAGUCUCCCAUUACUCCGCGUCUUGCUUUUUCCAAAGUCAAUCAGUAGCGUGUUUCAGACUCAACCGCAUGUAGGAACUGCUAGGGCUGGUGCUUUGGCGUGGGCGCCGUCGAUGGCAAGUCCUCAUCUAGCGACCAGCAAAAGCUCACCCGCCUUGCUCGGGAGCGCCGCAGGGUACCCGCAGCAGCCUGUUCAAGGCAUUGACUCGAUGUCGUCACCCGAUGUAUUCGCUCGUCCGGCGCAUCAACGCUCCCUCUCAUGGACGAAUCGUACGGCUUACGAAGAUGACUGCGAUCGAGCGGCGGCUAUGGAUCUGACAAGAUUGCAAACUGGAGCUCGUAGCACCGAUCCGUGUCUGCCAGAGCAUGCGGGCGCUGAAUUGACAAACCAAGCAAUUCCUCCUUCCUUCGGCACCACUUCUACACUCGAUGUCUCUAAUUCGUGCCCUGUUCCCCCUCCCACCACCCCGGAAAACCCGAACAACAAGUUAGACGACAUGGAAGUCGCUUCAUCCUCGUCAAUCAGUACCCCACGCAGCCGCGAGUCGACUCAGGGCUCCGAUCCCACCUGGGACAUGUUCGCGAGCCCCUGGUCCUCGACCGCCGCGCCGACUCAAACCAUCUCUUCCCGGGCUUCACCCUCCCCUGCAUCUCAAAUGAUCAACGGACAGUGCGAAGCGACGCCUCGUCCUUCCAAUGCGACUUUGGGCGUCAUUGGUGAUCCGGUUUCACGUCCACCUUCCGGAGGAGCGGGUGCGAAGCAUUCGGAUGCCAAUUCACCUUGUUUCAUCUGGAACCCGUUCGAAGCAACGCAUUGCUUUAACAUCCAGGACUGGAACUCACAUCUCGGAACCGAUGCCAAUCAGGGAAGCACGACGAUAUCCGCGGAAGGGAAUGGUACUGAAGCUUCGUCGACGUCGCUCGAAAAGUCCGAUCCGAACGUGCACCCUGAGAAUGCGAACCUGCUCGACUACGAUCCCAACACUUUGCACCUCCUUACGACGCCUGCGCACUCGGACUUGCAGCUCAACUUUGGGCUCGAGACUUCGUCGUCUUGGCCUUGGUGA